AUUGUCUACCCUCUAUACGAGUUUGCUGGUCUCGAUUAUCCGCCAAAUUGCCCGUGGAACCCCGUACACGACAUUUUCCGUAUCCAGGAGGCGAUCAAGUUAAAAAAUUCCGCUCGUGAUUGGGAAUGCCAAGCAUGCGGAAAGCGAUUUGUUUCCGAGUACACUAUUGACCAGCACAUGACCAAUCGGCAUGAUCACUUGACCAAUCAAGGUCCCAAUGCAACAUGCCUAGCCGUGUAUUGUCCGAUUCUUCGUUGUGAAGUGCUUUCACCGGAUCUGGCUUUUGGAGACCAAAUAUUUUGGGAUUCUGCUCUUUGCGAAGCGCGGGAUUUUCAGGUGCUACGUGAACAAUGUCAGGUGCGUUAG